AUGGGCCUUCAUACCGAACCUUUGGACCAAGAGGAUCAGGAUGCGAUUAUUCUAGAUGCCAGAAGCGGCGAUUUGGAGUCCUUGAAGGACAUUUUUACAAACUUGGUCGAUCCAAAGUUGAUCGUCACAUGCCGCGAUGCUCAUACCAAGUCCACGGCGCUCCACAUGGCGGCAGCAAACGGCCACGUUCAAGUAAUCGAGUAUUUCGCAUCUCUAGUGGAGAGCAUCCCCGAGGAGAGCGUCAAGUGGGUCAAUUCCCAAAACGAGACUGGGAACACUGCGCUGCACUGGGCGUCUCUCAACGGUAAAUUGGACUGUGUUCAAGUUUUGUGCGACAAACUAGGUGCUGAUCCAUUUUUGAGAAACACCUUUGACCAUGACGCUAUAUUUGAGGCUGAGCGCGGCUCCCACGAAGAGGUGGAAACUUUUUACCUCAAGAAAUAUGACGUGGAGCCCGACUCACAACCUCAAGAUGGCUCUACCGACGACACUGUCCAGAUAACGGAAGGGACGGAGAUUGAGCAAGUUACAAAAGAUGCCACAGAGGCGCUCAGACAAGAAACGGAGAACUUGAAGCUGGAAGAGGGCCAAAACUGA